AUUGUGUUUUUCUAAAUUAUCAUCAAGUUUUUGAAAAUGUGCCAAAAUUCAAAACAAUCACUUAUAAUUUUAAUUGUUGUAUCAACCAUUUAUCUCACAUCAUCUUCAGGGCAAUUAUUAACAAUAAAAGAGCAUCGUACACCAGGUGCCACACAACGUAUCAAUGAUUUAUGGUGUUAUCAAUGCGAUACAAUGGAAGAUGGAGAACGUUGUGUUGAUUUAACGGGGAAUCAUUCAUCAUUCAUGAAGAAAUGUGAUAAUGAGAAACGUAUCUGUAUGGUAAAACGUUUCUCGCAUACAAUGUCAACAGAGAAUUCAACGUCCGUAUUACGUAUGUGGUCAUUAGAACGUAAUUGUACAAAACAUUGUGAAGCUGGUUGCAUAGUAAUUGGUGAACGUACAAAGUUACACGCUUGCACUUCAUGCUGUGAACAAUCAUUCUGUAAUACGGGCAACGGUGGUGCAGCAUCCAAUUUAAUUAACAAUCAAUUUUAUAUUAAUUAUCAUUUAUUAAUUAUAUUUGUUGCUAUCUGUGGUCCAAUUUUAUCAUAGAACUACUAAACUUAAAACAUUAUUAUUAAUAAUGAUAAUCAUUAUUGACAUAUU